UUUUCGCUUGUUUUCAGUCUCUCUGGCUCACUCUCAUUUUAUCUUUUUCUUACCUUUGCAAUGCAGAGUGAAUCAGAAAUAGUGGGGGAAUCGUGUAGCGCGUGAGUUGUGACUUGUGAACACUAAAUGCGUGACGUAUAAGCCAAACCGAGUUUUUGACGUAUACAUAUUGUAGCUCGUUUCAAAUAAAGCUAUAUUAAAUAGCAAAAAAUUUAGACGUUCUUUAUUGAACAUAAAAUAGUGAACAUGAUUAACGAAAGAUUAAUUCGUGUACGUUAAUAGUUUUAAAAAAUAGAAGAUGGUGUUUCAUAUUUAUAUGUUUCAUCGGAUGUAGCCUAUAAUAUUUCCGUAGAAAUAUCGACCCUCGUUGAUAGAUAUUGCACGUUGAUAAUUCAAGGUUGAUAGCGAUCGACUAUAAACAUCAGUUUCAUUUAAAUUGUUCGAAAGGCCAAGAUGAUGUUCGAUAAAGUGAAUGCUUCCGUUUUGAAAAUUAUUGAACCGUAUAAAAAAUGGGUUAUAGAAAAUCCACAGUUACUGGCAGACUUGGAAAAAACUAUUCAAUGUUUAUCUUGCUUCACAGCUGGUUCCUUCAACAAUUCCACGUUCACGUCAGAGUUUAUUUACUCCUUCUCAAACCUAAUAGUACUUUUUAAUGAUUUCUUAAUGUGCAGUGGAAAAUGUAUGCAUUUAAAAUUUCCUCAAUUUGAGUCUAAACUUAAAAUUUGGCUGACCAUCGUGGAAUAUACAGAAACAUUGUUUGAAAUCUCCGCUAAGAAAUUGUGGGGACGAAGUGGCAAAUGGUUUAUAAUCAUUGUAAUACAAAUAUUUAAGACUGUAUUACGACUUAUGGUGAUACAUGUAUACAAAGAACGCAUAGUAAAACGUCCUCCAAUACAACCACUUAAUAGAGAUAUGUUAAACGAAUCUAACGAUGAGAAGUUACAGGAAGGAUUUACAUUGAAACGAUCCGGUAUUGUUGUCCGAAGUAUAAGAGAUUCCAGUUCAACACAAAUGCGAACAUGGGAACCUCUAACUUCUAUUAUUAGCAAUAAUGAUAAUUUAGAUGCUUCUAAUGUACCGGAAAAGAAAUUUUUAUUUGCAGAGAGUCUGUAUAUUAUGAAGCCGUUAUUUCAUUUGGGAUGUGUAUCUGUCACUGGUGAGAAACAAUGGCCACCAUGGUUAUUGUCAUUUGCUAUCGAUUUAUUUAGUUUAAAAAUGUUUAACAAUGUGGCAAAAACUGAGUUUUUCAACAAAGAGGAAAAAGAGGAACUCAAUAGACGAAGACUAGCUUUAUUACUUUAUAUAGUUAAAUCUCCGUUUUAUGACAAUUAUAGUCGUUUGAGAAUAUAUGCAGCUCUAUCUGCAUUAUCCACUAAAGUGCCUUUUGCUAGGUUGAUAGCAGAACCAAUGAAAAAAUAUUUACCACAUUGGCAGAGCACGUACUUUUACAUGUGGUCACGCUAGUUUGUGAAAUUA